AUGAGCUGGGAACCUAUUGAGACUUCAUUAGACACUAUUGAAAGUGGACUCUCCAACUUGAAUGAAGACUCGUUGCCAUCCGUGUUAAGGGCUUUGGACCGAUUCCAGCAAGAUCCACUCGUAUUGAUUCACAGGGGUGUCCUCACUAGAUAUGUUUCACUGAUAUGUGACAAUUUCUUUGAGCUGUCGUCGCACACCAAGCUGCUGCGAUGUAAGGUGUUUUACACUAUCUCUAAAGUAGUAUCAUGGAAAAGAAGCGUCCGAUAUCUGCCCAUAGACGUUUAUAUCUUGAAAAAAUUAGUGCCGCUGUUAGAAAACCAGAGAGAAGACAAUUGGUAUAUUCAGUUCUUUAUCCUAUGCUGGAUCUACGUCCUGUGUCUGUCGCCAUUCCAGUUAGAAAUCGAUGAAAAAUUGUAUCACUUGGUCUCUCACUGUAAGGCUCCCUCGACAGUACCGCUAGUAGUUAACAUUCGUUCGCAACUUUUGUCCAAGAAUAAGGCGCUUUUCCACAAAUACAGAGAUGAGUUGGACCUGUCGACGUUUAAUGCAAUUUUAAAAUUAGUCAUACAUCAAGAGGAUUCCGUAGUGGAUAUGCAGACACUUAACAGGUUUACAGAGCACUGUCUACAUGGACCGGUAGAUAUUGUUAAGUUGAAGAUGUUGCCCAAAUUAUUCUUGAGGUACGCGUUGGAGAUGGAUGCAAACCGCACGCAAGAUAUCAUUACGUGGGUCGUGAGCCAGUUCGGUCAUGAUUUCACCGAUACGCGGUUUGCAAUAGCCCAUUGUUAUGCGAAGAUUGUGAAAAUUGUCGUUGGCGAAUUGGAAGAAGAGGAGAUGUUCGGACUACUGGUUGAGAAUUGUCUGAAUCCUACUGCGAAGAUGCUCAGGUUCGAACCCUGGGAUGUCUUGGAUCAAAAUCGUUUGCAUACGUACCUGUUGGUGAUUGCGGAGUUAUCGACUACAAUAGUGGAGCAUGCUCCGGAGGACGCGGUUAGUAGAAUCUGUCAGGAUAUCAUACCGUAUGCGUCUAGAUUCCAACAGUUGAGAGCUAACACAAUAAAGGGUUCGCAAAUAAGAGACGCUUCCAAUUUCAUAUGUUGGUCACUGGCGAGAGCUAAAAAUGGUAAAGAUCACGUUGGAAAGGAAGAUCUGAACAAUGUGUUUCUAAACGUACUCAUGUGCUCGCUGUUCGAUAGAGAACUGCUGAUUCGUAAAUCCGCUAAUGCGGCCUUGCAAGAGAUUUUGGGAAGGUACGUUACCUUUGCUGGUAUUCUCGAUAAUAAGACUAUCUUGCAAAUCAUUGAAUUACCGAUCAACAAUCUACCAAAGCAUAUUACUAGCAACACUUUGAAGCUGUACGAAAUGCUGAGCCACAACGAUGAACGGUUUUCCACGUUUAUGAUUCACUGGCUGUUUGAUUCAUGUAUAAUGGCGAAUCACGAUUUGAGUAUGGUUCAAUGGACUACGUGGACCUUAUGCCAAUGGGCAAAAGAUCUGCCGAAUGGUCUCCGGGACACGGGUAUUCUAGGCCGAAUUGAAAAUCUAAAAGUGUCGACCCCUCUUGAAGCCUCCCGAUUGCUGUAUUUGCUUGUUCAGAUGAAGUCACGUGGUUUGUCGUUGGCGGCAACGCGCAUGCAUGCUCUUUCGAAGCUAGUUUUGGAUUCAACAGUGGAUAGGCGGUUCAGGAGGAAUGAUUAUGAGCUGUUCCAGUUCUUGGCCAUCUUUGAAUACGCCGCGUUGAUGCUGCAGGAUGAUGGAUGUGGGUUUGCAUUAGACGUGGAAUUUAUUGAUCUCGUUUUCCGAAUGUUGAGAGGGUUUGAGCCUUCGAUUCGGUUCCAUCAGGAUAUGGUACGUUUACUGAGAGUCGUGCUGCCUAUUGUUUCGACUGCAAGCGCCAAAUUUGUCUCUACGGAAGCAGAGACUAGGUUUUGGGACCAUUUCGAACAUUUGAUUCGUUCAAACAACUCUUGUUGUUGUUAUUCCUUUUCCACCAUAGAAUCCCACAGGUUCGUCAAGACUUUUCGAAACAACCUACCUUUGAUGGAUUGUCAGGGCAAAUCUCAAACUCUCGAUUCCUUCCAGACGGUUCAUUCGUUGCGCAACGCGGUACAGGUGGAUAAGCACAUUUUGGUCCUUGUGACAAAAUUACUUGAUGAUUACACUAUUACGGAGCAAGGUGAUGUUGGACGAUUAGUAAGAACUAGUGCUGCCCAGUUAGUUUCAAAAAACCAAGACUUGUUCGAGGAAGAGCAACUGAGGUCGCAGGUGAUUUCAAGUCUCAUCAGAUUAUCUGGGGAACCCAAUGAAGAGAUACGAAGUAUUGCCAUAAACGUUCUGCAAAAAACUGCCGGGUUGUGUGUCGAAGAUAAGAUUGAUCUUUUACGAUUAAUGGAAUUUCAAAGUUCGCAGUUUAAUGAUUAUUUAAAGGAAUUUUGGAAAGGUUUCUUAAUGUCUGCAGGAGCUAUUCACUCUACAGAAAUUCAAAUCAGAACGGCAAUUGAUGCUUUCCUGCACUAUUAUAAUCUUUUGCCCAAUGAUUCGGAGAGAUUGGCAGUCUGCAACGAUCUAGUUAGAAUUAUACCGUCCGCCAACUUGAUUACUGAGAGUAAAUCACAACAAACAUUGGAUCCUGAGACCCGUAUUGUUAAUCAGGACAUCUUAAAGAUAACAGUCAGUUAUAUUAAUUUUUGGCAUAGAGUCUUGGAGUCAGGUCUCCGAAUCGAUCCAAAUUUUAAUUUUCAGGGAUUCUAUGCAAAAUUAUACAACUUACAUCUCCUCAAUGGAGCCAGUCUAUUGAGGUCAACUAUAGUUGGCUUUUUCGCACAACUGGUGGUAAGCCUUGUACAUUCGAGGGACCUGUCAGAUAGAAAAUUGAUAAAUUCUAUCAUAGAGCGGCUAUUGACUAUUAUGAAAAGAGAAGCUUCACGCAGAAGAAAAGCUACUCAAACAUCAUUAGAACAAGAUUGUCUCAAGGCCCUAGCCACGAUUUUCCUAGAAUUGAAGUCAUUCACAAAAUUGGAUGAUCUUGUCAAAUGCAGCAAUAGUAAGGAAGGGCUUCUCGAAUCAUCGAUCUCUAUGUUCACGAUGUAA